AUGAUGCUUCAUCGUCACGAAUGGUCCCCCGAGGAACAGGAGUGCCCCGCACGUCUUUCACGUCCGUUCUCACGCAUUCAACACUACGGUCUCAUGGAACGCUGUAUACUCGUGCCUGCUCGCAAUAUCACGGAAAGCGCUCUGCUGAGUGUGCACUCGAAGGAGUAUGUUUCACUAGUCAAGAAAUCGGCAAAGUUAACCACUGAGCAGCUUUACGAUCUCUCUGGACAAUACGACGGCGUAUUUUUCAAUUCUGUAAGUUAUAAUAGUUCUGCCAUUGCGGCUGCACAUCUUCUUGGCUCUCCGCCAAUGUCCACUUUUUGCCCGAACCCUUCUGAAGUGGCUGUCCCACCUCCGAAAACACCCACGUUUCCCCAGUUCAAACGGAUUCUCAUCGUCGACUGGGAUGUUCAUCAAGGCCAAGGGACCCAGUUUGCAUUCUAUAAUGACAAUAGAGUCCUCUUUAUAUCUAUUCAUCGGUACGAGCGUCAAAAGUUUUGGCCAAAGUUGCGGGAAGGUGAUUUUGAUUUUAUCGGUGAUGGUGCUGGCCGCGGUUUCAACAUAAAUGUCCCAUUGAAUAAGACAGGAAUGACAGACUGCGAUUUUUUGGCCAUUUUUCACACAAUAAUCAUGCCAGUCGCCUACGAGUUUGACCCCGAGAUCGUUUUUGUGUCUUGUGGCUUUGAUGCUGCCGUCGGAAAUGCAGAGGGGAAGAUGUGGAUAAGCCCCGCCUGCUACGGCCAUAUGACCCAUCAUCUUCGCACUCUAGCUGGAGGCAAGAUUGUUGUUGUCCUCGAAGGUGGUUACUUUCUAGAUAGCCUUGAGGAGGGUUGUGUCCAUGUUCUGAAAUCCCUACUUGGUGAUGCCGUUCCCCCACUUCAGGCUCAAGGGCCUCCUUCACGAAGGCCUCUUGUCAAAGGUGUAAUAUGGCCGGAUAUAAAUCCGAAGCUACCAAAGCCACUUAUAGCGUUCAGCCGGAGACUGCUUCAAAAGUGUUUCCCUGCACCUCUACCGAAGUCCACCCUCGCAGAUCUCCUGGUACUGCUUCAAGUUGAUGCCAGCUCUCAACGCAACUACCCUGUAAACGAGUUUUUCGUUUUUGACAGCACUCUUGUUUUCUCGUUUCGCUGUUCUCCCUGUUCUGCAACGCCUGAAUUUACCUUGGAGUCGUUCAGUCCUACUAAGUCUGGCGAGUCGCAGACUACUUGGAUCACUCUGCCCCUUCAAACUUCCCAGUGCUGUCAAAUUGAAGCCGUGUCUGGGUGUGCUCACACCGUUGCCAAUGUCCUAGCCAUCAUGAACGCUAUUGUGCUCCCAAUGAGUUAUGCUUUCGGGCCAGACCUUGUGCUCAUUAACCUUGGAUCUGCCGCAGAGGAGCCCAAUAAGUCAACUGGCGUUCCAGCGAUCUCCCUACUUCACGUGGCCUUUCUGCUAAAGAACAUUGGAUCUCGACUCAUUGUGGUAACGUCUCGAGAUGCUGAUCCUCACCCGCUGUUACUUCGGUGUCUUCUGUGCGAAGCUCCACCGAGGCCAUUUGAAGAGGAUCAGAAGUGUUUUGCCUGCCCAGAGUAG